AUGUCUGGUUCAGACUUCGACCUUGGCGCAGCAUUCAUCCCCGCUCUCCACAAACCAGCUCCUCUCCUGCCGAUUGCCAAGCAUCGCGAGUCGCUGCUGUACCUCGUCGAGACGUAUCCAGUCACGAUUGUUGUGGGCCAGACAGGCUCUGGCAAGAGCACCCAGAUUCCCCAAUAUCUCGAGCAUGUUGGAUGGUGCGCUGACGGCAAGGUCAUUGGCGUUACCCAGCCUCGUCGUGUCGCUGCCACCACAGUAGCCAUCAGGGUCGCCGAGGAAUUUGGCGGCGAGAUUGGCAAAGAGGUCGGAUACUCGAUCCGGUUUGAAGAUGUCACUUCUGAGAGCACCCGCAUCAAGUUCCUUACCGAUGGUCUGCUCAUACGAGAGGCGCUCGUGGACCCCCUGCUCUCUCGUUACUCGGUGAUCAUUGUCGAUGAAGCUCACGAGAGGUCCAUCAGUUCUGACAUCCUGCUGGGCCUGCUUAAAAAGAUCCGCAGGAAGAGGCCAGAUCUGAGAAUCAUUAUCAGUAGUGCAACACUCCAAGCUGAAGAUUUCCGCAACUUCUUCUCAGAUGCCAGGGAAGACGCAACCUCAGAUGCCAAGCAAGACAGCAAAGGGGACGUCGCAACCAUUAUUAGCUUGGAGGGGAGGACCUACCCGAUAGACAUCCUCUACCUCGAGUCCCCGGCUGAGGAUUAUCUUGAAAAAGCGGUCUCGACAGUUCUCGACAUCCAUACAAAUGAACCCAAGGGUGACAUUCUUGUCUUCCUCGCCGGGAGAGAGGAAAUCGACCAAGCGGUCCAAGCCGUCUCAGAACGCUCAGUUCAGCUCCCGCCAGGGUCACAAUCCAUCCUUCCGCUGCCGCUGUAUGCGGGCUUACCGGCGGAGCAGCAGAUGUACGUGUUUGAGGAGGCACCAGAGAACUACCGGAAGGUCAUCUUCUCGACCAACAUCUCGGAGGCAUCAGUGACAAUAGACGGCAUCGUCUAUGUAAUUGACUCUGGUUUCGUCAAGCUCCGGGCGUACAACCCAAAGACCGGGAUUGAGAGUUUGACAGUGACGCCUGUCUCCAAAGCAUCCGCAGCCCAGCGCGCAGGGCGAGCAGGCAGGACAAAACCCGGCAAAUGUUUUCGGCUUUACACCGAAGAAGCCUACCAAUCUCUCCCCGACGCCAACGUGCCCGAGAUACAACGCUCCAAUCUCGCGCCGUUCAUCCUCCAACUCAAGGCGCUGGGAAUAGAUAAUGUUCUAAGGUUCGACUUUCUUACGCCGCCUCCGGCAGAGCUGAUGAUCAGGGCGCUUGAGCUGCUCUACUCGCUCGGGGCGCUGGAUGAGUAUGCCAAGCUCACAAGGCCGUUAGGACUGAGAAUGGCUGAGCUGGCAGUCGAGCCGAUGAUGGCCAAAACGCUGCUGUCGGCGCCGUCCUUUGGUUGCCUGAGCGAGAUUCUGACAAUAGCCGCCAUGACGAGUCUUGGAGGCAAUAUCUGGGUCCAACAUGAAGGCGAGAAGAAAAAAACGGAAAGCGCAAAGAGGAAAUUCGCCGCCGAAGAAGGUGACCAUCUCACCCUUCUGAACGUCUACCAAGCGUUUAUUACCAAGGGCCGCAAGGAAUCCCGUUUCUGUCACGAUAACCUGCUCAACUUCAAGGCAAUGACACGCGCAGUCAGCAUCCGAAACCAGCUGAAGCGAUACCUCGAACGAUUCGGGCUCAACGUAGACGAGUCGCUAGCAGCACACUCGACUGCGGCAGCCGGCGGUAACAACAACAACAAAGCCGAACAAAUUCGGCGAUGCCUGACGGCAGGUUACUUUGCUCACGCCGCGAGGAUGCAGCCGGACGGCACGUUUCGCAACGUCUCCGGCACGACUGUCCUCCACGCGCAUCCAAGCUCUAUCAUGUUCAACCGCAAGGCGGACUGGGUCAUUUUCCACGAGGUCAUGGAGACGGGCACCAAGACGUUCAUACGGGAUAUCACCCGGAUUGAGAAGUCGUGGUUGGUGGAGUAUGCGCCGGAGUUCUACAAGACCGGGUGA